AUGCAGAAGGAGGUUCCCACCAAAACUGUCCCGGCACUGCCAAAGGCGGCCUAUAGACAAGACGUAAUGGAGUACUCCAUCAAAUACGACAAACCGGAGUCGCUAAAACAGUACAUGAGCUCAGGGAAGAUAAAAGAGGAACUAGAGGAAUGCUUCAUGAAUCAAGCAACAGAGCAGGCCAAAAGAGGGGCAGCUGAGAAGGAAAAGAAUCCUCUUGAGCAAAAGUUUAAAGAGCUGCUGCAAAUGUUAGAGGACCAAGAAAGAGCCUUCAAGGGAUUUAGAGUCAAAAUCACAGACGAGAUGAGAGAAAGAGACAACCUUCUGAGAAAGAUGAAUGAGAGGAUUCAGAUGCUGGAGAUCUUAAGAAAUAUAACAGAAGAACAAGAGGAACACUACAUGAAGAAAGAAGAGUGUGCCAAAAGAGAGGCAGCUGAGAGGGAAAAAGACCCUUCUGAGCAAGAGGUCAAAGAGCUGUGGCAAAAGUUGGAGGACCAAAGGAGACUUUUGCAGGGAUUAAGAGCCAAAAUGACAGGGGAGAUAAGAGAAAGAGAGAAGACCUCAGCAGGCUGUGUAUAAUAUCCCAAGAAGCAGG